AUGCGAUGCGAGAGCAAGGCCGCCGAGAGCGCGUCCGCACGUCUCUGUGCGGACGCCGAUGCAAAAACCACAGCAUCUGAUGUCUCAUCGGUUGCUGAAGCGACUCAGCCUGUGUCACUUGGUGAUGCAGGCGCUGGUCAUGAAGACACUCAUGUCUUCACAGAGUAUGAGCUCGGUGUCUCAUACUCUCCUAAUACGGAAGACGGAUCCGUAUCGACGGCGAUCAAAUCCAAGCCGCCUGUCAAGCGUGGCACGGAUGAUGCUAUGCGUCGUAGCAUCUUUGGUUCAUCUGAUUCAUCAGAUGAACCAUCGCCGAAGCGAAGACGCUCGAGGUCGCGAGACUCGGGCGCUAACAGUGGUGUCGGUUCUCCUAUGGACACCACUUCGUAG